CUAUUACAAUGCUAUACCUAAAAAAUUAUGACGCAGCUUAUUUGAAAGUCUUAGCAUUUUUUCAACAAUUGCUCAUCGUGGUAUGUCCAAGUCUAGUCUUAUACAAAUCUUCAGAAACCGGAUUCUAAUUAUGGAUUUUGACUCAAAAAACUUGAAACAGUUGGAUUUGGCAACAAAAGGGCACGGUGGGAUCGUACCGUACAUUGGUUUAUGCGCAAUUGUUGCUUUAUUUGGACUAGCAGAUGCUACUGUACGAGGAGGAAUGAUUGGAGACUUAUCGCUGAUGUGCCCUGAACUCAUCCAGUCAUUCGUGGCCGGUUUGGCUAUAGAUGGUGCUCUAACAUCAGCAAUUAGGCUAAUAACUAAAGCAGCAUUCGAGAUGAUGGUCUACGAAAAGGAGCAAGUGAUUAUUUUCUUAGCAAUCGCAACAUUCAUAGAGUUACUAUGCGUGAUUUUAUACGCUUAUGUGUUUCCAAAACUUCCCAUUGUUAAGUACUACCGAAGUAAAGCCGCUUAUGAAGGAUCCAAGACCGUUUUAGCGGAUCUUGUUGCUGCUGGUAUUCAAAAGCAAUCAGAAUCGAGAGUAAUCGAUGAAGGAAGCUCCAGUUUGUUUCUAAUGGAAGUGCCUGAGAACAAGAGACGUUUAUCAAUCGUAAAAGGCGUUGUCAUAGCAAGGCGUAAUGCUGGUCUUAACUCAACAUUUAGAAUUAGAAGGCUUGUUGGUGGAGUGGGCAAUGGUGUAACGUCAAGCUUGUGCAACUACUUUAAUGUCUCUGCGCAAUGGUGUUCAUUGGUUAACAUAGACUAUGCAGUGAAUCUAUUCCUCCUCUACGUUUUGACAUUAUCCAUUGUUCCCGGAUUCUUAUAUGAGAACACGGGACAACAUGGACUAGGAACAUGGUACGCGCUUAUCCUCGUAGCGAUGUACAAUUGUUGGGGUUUGGUCGGAAUGUACACACCGCUGGUGAAAUGGCUCAAGAUUGAGAAAAGAAAAGGACUCACAGAUGCGGUUUUGUUGCGGUUUUUCCUCAUUCCGACGUUCUACUUCACUGCGAAAUAUGGUGAUCAAGGAUGGAUGAUUAUGCUUGUUUCUGUUUUGGGAUUGACUAAUGGACAUCUCACUGUUUGCAUUCUCACCACAGCUCCUAAUGGCUAUAAGGGUCCGGAGCAGAAUGCGUUAGGGAACUUGCUGGUGAUAUUUCUGUUAGGAGGGAUAUUUGCAGGAGUUGCCUUGGAUUGUCUGCUCAGUGUCGGAGAUUACUACUACCAAGUUUUCCCGGAUUACCAUCCUUCAAGAGUACUCACAUUCGUAUACCAACCAUUUGCGAUUGGAACAAUCGUGAUUUUCUCAUACCAUGAAGCAAAAAUCAAUACUCGAAAACGUAACCUGAUCGGUUACAUUCUAUUCACAAUAUCCAUAUUCUUGCUCAUCAUUUUGGAUUUGACAACAAAAGGACAAGGUGGGAUCGGACCUUAUAUUGUUUUAUGCGCAAUCGUUGCUUCGUUUGGCUUCGCGGAUGCUUCUGUACGAGGAGGAAUGAUUGGUGACUUAUCGUUGAUGUGCCCUGAACUCAUUCAGUCAUUCGUAGCCGGUUUGGCUGUGGCUGGUGCUCUAACUUCAGCAUUUAGGCUAAUAACUAAAGCAGCUUUCGAGAAAUCACAUGACGGUCUAAGAAAAGGAGCAAUGAUCUUUUUAGCUAUCUCUACAUUAAUAGAGUUUCUAUGUGUUCUGCUAUACGCAUAUGUGUUCCCGAAACUUCCAAUUGUUAAAUAUUACCGAAGAAAAGCGGCUUCUGAAGGAUCCAAAACUGUUUAUGCUGAUCUUGCUGCUGCUGGUAUCCAAAACCAAUCAGAUUUGACUGAUGAUGUUUCCAAGAAUCAACGGCUAAACAACAAAGAACUAUUGCUUCAAAAUGUAGACUAUGUAGUGAAUCUAUUCCUCAUCUAUGUUUUGACACUAUCCAUUUUGCCCGGGUUCUUAUACGAGAACACGGGACAACACGGGCUAGGCUCGUGGUAUGCGCUUGUCCUAAUAGCAAUGUACAAUUGGUGGGAUUUAGUUGGGAGGUACACACCGAUGGUGAAAUGGCUAAAGGUUGAGAAUAGAAAAGGACUAACGGUUGCGGUUUUAACCCGUUUUCUCCUUGUUCCGGCGUUCUACUUCACUGCAAAAUAUGGUGAUCAAGGGUGGAUGAUUUUGCUCGUUUCUGUUUUGGGAUUAACUAAUGGACAUUUCACUGUUUGCAUUCUUGCCACAGCUCCUAGAGGAUACAAGGGCCCGGAGAAGAAUGCGUUAGGAAAUUUGCUGGUGCUAUUUAUAAUAUGGGGAGCAUUUGUAGGAUGUGCUUUGGGUUGGUUAUGGCUUAUUGGUAAGAAAAAUGCCUUCUGAGUUCUCAUCAGCAAUAGUUCACAACAUUACAUUUUUAUUGGUUUUAGGAUUCUUAUAUUCUUCGUAAAAUCUAAUGUUAUGUUAUCCCCUAUAUAUUAUUUGAGAAGUAAAGUAUGUUAAUGUGU